CAAUUUUUUGAGAAAAGUUAAAAAUAUUUUAAAAAGUACAUUUUCUCUGCACAGAUAAGCUUUUAAACAACAAUUAAAGUGCCAGUUUUAAAACAUUAAUCAAAAUUUUAAUGAAAUUCGUCCUAAAAAAGUGUAAAAUUUGAAUUUUUCGCAAUCGAGAAAAAAAAUGUCCAAAAAUGACUCUUCUUUUGUUGUCUAAUCCUGCAUAAAUCACAUCAUAAUAUAAAUUAAUUAAAUCAUUAUACACUUUUUGCGAGAAUGAGCGAGGAAAGGAGUAAAAUAGAAGCAGUAGAGAUGGAUUUAUCUCGAAAUGCUUCACCGAUUGUUAGAAUGGAGAACUUGGAACAUCUGAUACUUAAUAAUAAACAUAGUAAUUCAAUAAAGGAAUCAAUUUGGCCAGAAUUAGCAUCCAGUGGAUACAAAAUUAGUGUCGAGACAUUACUAGAUUGUCUUAUUGUGCUUUAUGAUGAGUGUCAGAACUCGUCACUACGACGAGAAAAAACUGUUUCUGAAUUUAUUGAACUGAUGAAACAAAUUGUUCAAAAUAUCAAGCAACUUCGAUUGAGUCGAGAUGAUUUUGAGAUUUUAAAAGUUAUUGGACGUGGUGCAUUCGGAAUAGUUUGCGUUGUGAAGAUGAUUGCCACAAAUAAGGUCUAUGCGAUGAAGAUUCUCAAUAAGUGGGAAAUGUUGAAACGCGCAGAAACAGCUUGUUUUCGUGAGGAACGAGACGUCCUAGUUUAUGGCGAUCGUCAAUUCAUAACAAACCUUCACUAUGCAUUCCAAGAUGAUCAAAAUCUAUAUUUAGUAAUGGAUUAUUAUUGUGGCGGGGAUUUAUUGACUUUAUUGAGUAAAUUUGAGGAUCGUUUGCCUGAAGAGAUGACUCGCUUCUAUAUAGCCGAAAUGAUUAUUGCAAUAUCAUCUGUUCAUCAAUUAAAUUAUAUUCAUCGAGACAUUAAACCCGAUAACUUAGUUCUAGAUUCAAAUGGGCAUAUACGUCUUGCUGAUUUUGGAUCGUGCUUAAAACUUGGACCGAAUGGAAAAGUCCAAUCAAAUGUAGCUGUUGGUACUCCCGACUAUAUUAGUCCUGAGAUAUUACGUGCUAUGGAAGAUGGAAAAGGAAAGUAUGGAACUGAAUGUGAUUGGUGGUCACUUGGAGUAUGCAUGUAUGAAAUGCUCUUCGGUGAAACUCCAUUUUAUGCUGAAAGCUUAGUUGAAACAUAUGGAAAAAUUAUGAAUUUCAAAAAUAGUUUCGAUUUUCCGCCCGAUGAUCCUGAUUAUCCAGUCAGUGAUAAUGCAAAAGACCUCAUUAAAAGACUUAUUUGUGCACAAGAAGAUCGUAUUGGCAAAAAUGGUCUCGAUGAUUUCCGUAAUCAUCCUUGGUUUAUUGGAAUUGAUUGGGAAGCAUUAAGGAACACCCAAGCUCCAUAUAUUCCUGAAGUCUCAAGUCCUACAGAUACUAGUAAUUUUGAUGUUGAAGACACUGAUUCAAAACUCUUUUCUGAUGUCGUGCCACCAACAACAAAUCCAGCUUUUUCAGCACAUCAUUUACCAUUUGUUGGCUUUACUUUUACUCAGCAUAGUAAUUUAUCAGAUCUAGGAGCAAUAAUUUCAAAUGAAAUAACAUCAAAUAUGUCUAAAUGUAAUGGUGAACGAGUUAAUCCUGAAACAACGCGUAAAUUACAGGAUGAAAUUAAUAUUUUAACUAAGAGAAAUGGCGAAUUGGAGAGUCAACUUCAAUCUCUUGCAAACAAUUCGAAUAUGGAGCGAAAACUCUCAGAAUCGUCAAGAAUGCAGGAAUUGGAAUCGGCUAUAAUACAAUUAAAGAAAGAGAAUGAAGACGUUCUAAAAGAAAAACAUAAAUUGUUUGAGAAUUUAAAAACAUUGGAAUCAGAUUUAAAAACAACAAAUCAGCAACAUAAACAGAGAAUGAUAGAGUUUAUGGAAUUGAGUGACGAAGCAAAGGAAUUACGAACACAAAAGGUAAUGUUAGUCAGACAAGUACGAGAUAAGGAAGAGGAUUUAGAUAAGUCAACACAAAAAGUUGAAUCACUCCGGAAUGAUUUGCGUUUGACAGAGAAAGGUCGACGUGAGAUGGAAUCAAAAUUGCAGGAAUCAAUUGGCGAUAUGAAUCGUGAGCGUCAAGCGCGAGAAAGAAGUGAAGAAUUUUGUCGAAAGUUACAAGCUGAAGGUUCACAUUCGAAUGUCCAUGAAGAGAAUUUAAAGCGAGAAAUUGAACGGCUUGAAAUGGAAAAGAAAGAUUUAUUAGCACAACAACAGAUUCGAUUUAGCCAAGAAAUCAAUAAUUUACGAGAUCAACUUAAUGAAUCUGAAACACAAAAGAAUCUCACACAAAUGGAACUGAGUCAAAUUCGUGAAAAGCUUGAAAGUUUUCGACAAAAUAUGUCAUUAUUGGAAGAUAUGGUUAAUAAUCUUAAGAAAGAAAAGCAAUAUUUGAUUGAUGAAAAUAUUCGAUUGACUGGCGAGGUUGAAAUGUUAAACGACACUAAUCGUCGCUUGCAACAGCAUCAAUCGCAAGUCGAUGGUGAUUAUGAAGAGCUUAAGAACAAACGACAAGCAAUUUCUAAUUGGGAACAACAAAUUAAUGAAAUUAUACAAUGGGUCAGCGAUGAGAAAGAGGCGAGAACUUAUUUGAGUUCGUUGGCAUCAAAAAUGACUGAGGAAUUGGAUGUUAUUAAGGGAUCGGGAACAAUGCAGCACAAUCACGAUAAAAACUGGAGAAAUAGGAGAUCACAAAAACUGGAAAAAAUGGAACUUUUAAAUCUACAAAGUUCUUUGCAGAGUGAAAUUCAGGCAAAGGCUUUAAUAUCCGAUGAGUUGAGUCGCACACGAGCUGAAUUGGUCGCAGCCCAAAAAGACCUGUACGAGUAUCGUCAACAUAACGACUCGAUUUUGAGUGAUAUGAAGCGCAAGGAUAACUUGAUAAAGGAUCUGCAGCACAAAUUGGAAAAUAACGAAGGAUUUUUGGAACGGCCAUCGUCAUCGUACUUGGAUCACUUUUUGAAAGACAAUGCAGGAUCGCCAACAUCAAAUAGCAUCUAUAAUAAUUUACCGGUAAGAGGUCCAAAAAUGGGAAUUUCGGCUAAGCUUAAUUCUCAAUUUGAUUUGGAACAGCCUCAACGUCUUCUUCCAACAAGUCCUUCUUCAUUAUCUCAGCAACAAUUACAGCAGCCAAUUUACUCAAAUCAACCUUCAAUCAGCUCUCCAAGAAGCAACUAUGCCCCUGACGAUGGAUUUUCUACACGUCGGAGCAACGCUAGUGACACAUCUAUGGAAUAUUCUAACAAGAGAAUGCAUCAGUUUGUGGUUCGAACAUUUACUACGCCUAUAAAGUGUCAUCAUUGUACGUCUUUGAUGAUUGGCUUAACGCGACAAGGUGCCGUGUGCGAUUCAUGCAAUUUUUCAUGUCAUGUACACUGUUGUGCAAAAGUUCCUACAUAUUGUUCAAUGCCGGGUGAUCAACCAAAAAGACCACUCGGAAUUGAUCCAACAAGAGGCAUCGGAACAGCAUAUGAAGGCUAUGUAAAAGUUCCUAAACAAGGUUUCAUCAAGCGUGGCUGGAUAAGACAAUUUGUCGUUGUGUGCGAUUUCAAAUUAUUCUUAUACGAUGAGGAACGCAAUAAUGGACAGCCGUGUGUGCAAGUUAGUCAAAUUUUGGACAUGAGAGAUCCUGAAUUCUCUGUUUCAAUGGUUCGUGAAACGGACGUUAUUCAUGCAAAUAAAAAGGAUGUGCCUUGCAUCUUCCGUAUAACUACAUCUUUAAUUCAUGAUGGAAGUAAGUCGAUCACAUUAAUGUUGGCUGAUACGGAAUCGGAAAGGCAAAAAUGGGUUACAGCAUUAAGUGAAUUGCAUCGUAUAUUAAAGAAAAAUAAUCUUCCAAAUACAGCAGUUUAUCGUGUCAAAGAAGUACUUGAUAGUAACUUAAAUAUUGUAAGAAACUGUGGAUGUGCUGCCAUAAUCGAUCGUGAUCGAAUGCUGAUUGGAAAUGAUGAAGGAAUCUUUUGUGUCGAGCUUGACUGCUUCGAAUUUAUACGUAUUGGUGAAAUGAAGAAAAUCAUACAGAUUUGGUAUAUCCAAACAGAGCAAUUGCUCGUUGUGCUGUGUGGCAAGCAGCGAUACAUUCGAUUGUUACCUAUUCGAGCACUUGAAGUGCCGGAUCUUGAAUGGAUUAAAGUAUCAGAUUCUAAAAAUUGUAUCACAGCUUGCACGGGAAUCAUACGUUAUGGUACUCCUCAGAAUAUUUAUGGACUCGCAGUUGCUAUAAAGAAACCUAAUAAUACGCUGAUUGUAGUGUAUGAAAUUGACAGGAAUAAACAGCGUCAUCAUAAAUUAUUUGAAUUUAUUGUUAAUCUUAAUGUGCAAAAUAUGAAAAUUCUCUCUGAUGGACGUCUAGCGAUUGGACAUCAAGGAGGAUUUACAGCUUAUCACUUACAAGCUGAUGCUGCCAAAAUGCCAUUGGUGCAUCCAGACAACAACAUAAGCCACUUUUUAUCGUACUCAAACACUGAUACAUGGCUUGUUGUAGAAGUAAACUCUAGUCAUAUCGAUAAUAAUAGCGAUGGAGAUGCUGUAGAGUAUCUCCUUGUCUUCCAAACAUUGGCCAUAUAUGUAGAUCAGCAGGGACGAAAGACGAGAUCAAUUGAAAUAAUGUUUCCAGCAACGCCAACAUUUAUUACCCAUGAAAAUGAAUUUUUAUUAGUUUAUUCGGAAACUCAUUUAGAUGUUUUUAAUAUCGAUUCUGGCGAUUGGGUGCAGUCGAUUGGAUUGAAAAAGUCUCGACCGCUUUGUAAUGAUGGCAGCUUAACGUUAAUGAUGCUUAAUGACUCGCCGUAUGUCAUCUUUUUGUCAAACAUUUUAACCAGGGACGUCCUUGACACGGGAAGCGUUGAACGCUCAAUUCCGAGAAGGAGAUUCUCACUGCGUGAAUCAAGUAGAAUAAGGACAGCAGCAUCAGAUCGACGAUCCAAAAUGAUAUCAGCGCCAUCAAAUUUCAAUCAUGUAAGUCACAUGGGUCCUGGGAUUCAACAAAAGUUUGUGGAUUUACCAACAACAAUUGAGACAGCAGAUGAUCCGAAUGUUGUACAACGUUUAAGCUUACGACAAGCUCCGCCACGACCUACUACAAUGCCACCACAAAGUAAUUUACGGAAAAGCAUGUCCAAUGUACGACCCAAAGAAACACCACCAAGUUUACCACACUCACCUUCGCCUUUAGGAUCAAUGAGUUCAUUAGCUGAAAGCAUUCUUAAAGUUGCUGAACGUCAAUCGGAAUCACUAAAAUCGAGACUGUCAUCAAGCUCGUCAGAACUGUCCGGAGCUGAAUCAUAAUUGAUCCACACCCAACUUAUAAGUUUUUUUUUUAAAUAUUUCAUAUUGAAGCUUGUGUAUGAAGCACGUGAUUCAUGCAAUUUUUAUACGCCACAAAGUCGUAUUUGAACACAAUCAUUUCAUUUGGAUAUAAAAAAAUAAAUUUCAUACUCAUUACAUUUUUGACACACUUUUUGGAUAAAAAUACUUAAGAAAUGAAAACCAACUAAUGCAUACCCUAUUUAUCUAUUAUUUAGAUGUUCCAAAAAGUCAGAAAAGUGCUUUCCUACCUAAUUUUAAUCAUUCAUAGCAGUAAUAAUUAAAUGUUAGUCCUAUCAAGCAACAAAUCUCUCUCUAUCCUUAAACUUUUUUAAAACAAAAUCAUUUUUCACUUAAAAAAUGCUCUCAAACUUCAUUUAGCCUACGAUAUUAUUGGAUAAAUUGAGAAUAUAGGAUUUAAAAACAAAAAUUGAACAAAAAAAAUUUGAAAAAUUAACGCAAAGUUCAAUGCUAUAAGUAAGCUUCCUUGCUAUUUCAUCUCAUCUUUUCAGUAUUUAUUUUAUUUUUCCCAUUAGUUUAUAGUUUCGAAUAUUUUUUUAUUUUUUACUUUUUGUCUCAUUUAAAUACAAAAUUUUUAUGGAUUUGAAGACACAAAUUAGGUUUUAGUUAAGAGAAAUUUUAUUUUAAAAAAUCGAAUAUGUAUAUUUAAAACAAACGACUAAUUUUCUCACUUUUUUGAGAUUCUUUUAUUUUAUCGAUGAUUUUUUUAUGUUGAUGCAAAAAGAAAUCACAAUUCUGAUAUAAACUUUUUAACUUAAUGUGAUUUGGAACUUGAGUUGGAGUAAUUUUUCUUUUAAAAAAUCAUUUCAGAAUCUAAUUUAUCUUAUUCUGAUUAAAAAAUAAUUAUGAUAUCUAUCAAUAAAGAAAAUUAACAAAAUCAA